AUGGCCCGAAAAUAUGGUACAACAGUCUAUGUGAGCCGCAGAUGGCCCCUGAUGCUACGGCUUAAGGGCACAGUCAUCGUCCAGAUCUGGUGGCAAGUAUUGCUCGUCGGCAUCUAUUCAGCGGCCGUCUUCUUGAUAAAUAAAUACUCUGCCUGGAAGAUGGGCUACUCUCUGAAUUUGGUUUCGGUAAUGGGUAUGGUCGUAUCGCUCCUGUUGGUUUUCCGCACAAAUACAGCAUACGAUCGUUACUGGGAGGGACGUCGUCUUUGGUCGCAAAUGACACUCUGCAUCCGCAACCUCACUCGUGGCAUCUGGGUCUGCGUUGCCGAGUCCGAGACAAGGGACUUGCUCGAAAAAAAAUCCGCCAUCAACCUCCUAGUCGCUUUUGCAUUCGCCACAAAGCACUAUCUGCGUGAGGAGUACGGAUACGACUACGAGGACAUGAUCGACCUGCUCACCCACAUCCCCAAGUACUCGAUCCCAACCUCAACUCAGCCUAUGGAUUGGCGCGUCGACAUCCCAACGGACCUGGAGAAACUCAAGCCUAUCAAUCACUUACAGUCACCCCAGCAGCAGAACCAGUCCUUAAUGGGCCAUACUAGCGCUACCUACACUCAAGAUAUUCGUGCCCGUCGUGCCUCCAAGAGCCAGCAGGCACUUGCGUUCGAUUUCUUGACACCGACCAACAUCCCAAUCGAGCUCUCGUAUUACAUUGGAAGCUACAUCAAGAGCUGCAGCAACAAGGGUAAGGUCGAUCCCGCGACAUUAACCUUGAUGAACAAUGCUCUGGUCUCGUUGGUCGACUGCCUCACCGGAUUCGAGCGUAUCUUGCGCACGCCCAUCCCUCUCGCCUACUCGAUUCAUUUGCACCAUGCCACUUGGAUCUAUCUCUUGGCCCUGCCCUUCCAGCUGGUCGCCAAUAUGAGCGGACUCAUGAUUCCUGCGACCAUGCUUGCUGCUUUCACACUCUUGGGCAUCUUGGGAAUCGGUUACGAGAUCGAGAAUCCUUUCAACGACGACUACAACGAUCUGCCUCUGGAUGAUUUCUGCAAGGUGAUCCAGGCAGAGGUCGAUUCUAUGGUUGUGACUCGUGCUCCUACUCCCUCAGAAUGGGUCUUUUCCGAAAACAACUACCCUCUUCCUCAAUCUGAUUUGUCAGCAAAGGAACUCUCGGAACUCUCACUCGAGCAGGUUCAUGAACUGAUGGCUGCCGAGAACCCGCACCGCACGCCUGAAGAGAUAACACAGGCGCGCAUGUCGGUUCAGCUUCAGUACACUCGCUCAGUAGCUGGUAACGACAGGGGAUCAACUUCGACAAAAUCGAGUACAGGGACUGAACUGACAAAGGUCAGCUCGAUGUCGGGCAAGAUUUAA